ACGUACUGUUGCGUGAGUGACGUUCCGUGAAUACGCACAGUGCGUAAGUGAGUUGCGCAAUAUCCGCAAGCGGUGCAGUCUGGGGUUCUGCUGCACAACACACAGGCUGGCAAAACCUGCUAGCUAGCUGACCACCUGAAAUGGAUGUGUUCUUAAUGAUCCGGCGUCACAAGACCACAAUCUUCACAGAUGCCAAGGAGUCUACCACUGUGUACGAGCUGAAGCGUAUUGUUGAAGGGAUCCUUAAGAGACCACCUGAAGACCAGAGGCUGUACAAAGAUGACCAGUCGCUAGAGGACAGCAAAACUCUUGGUGACUGUGGAUUCACCAACCAGACUGCUAGACCUCAAGCCCCAGCUACAGUUGGUCUGGCCUUCCGCAUAAAUGAUGAGAUGUUCGAACAGCUGCACGUCGAGGCCUUCUCCAGCCCCCCAGAACUCCCUGAUGUGAUGAAGCCUCAGGACUCCGGUAGCACGGCCAACGAACAGGCAGUGCAGUGAUAACGGGGAGAGGAAAACGAGCAAUGGAGGGAAGGAUGGAAGUGGGUGUGUGUGGAAUAACUGCAGUGGAGAAGUAGCGGGGUGGAGGAUAAUGUAAUAUAAUUUCAGUUGAUGGAUGGGGACAUUCUAGGUAACCAAGCCUAUCCAUGUUACCUUCAUGCUAUCAUCCCGGCAUCCCCCCCCCCCAAUUUGCUUCACCAAUCAUUUUUUAAAACUCUUUAUGAUUUCCACACCACAUGCGGUUCUGCUCCUCGACUUUGCUCUUAAGCACCAACCUGGCUCAAAGUUUUUGAGCGAAGAAGUUGGUUUGGAACGUAUGAUUGUGUGUGUGUGCGUGCGUGAGUUAUUAUAAUUAUUAUCUUUAAUAUUUUGGAGAAGGUGAAAGCGUAGUUGUGUGUCACAGUGCUCUAGAAGUAACAUGCAUAGGUAAGGAGUCCGGUGUCUGAAUCGGCAAACUGCAUGAACAAAAAAUUGAAAACAAAGGCUUUAUUUUCACAGAAACGGAUAAACCUUCAACUGAUAAGUUUCCUUGGUCUGAUGAUUCUCCCAGUUGUGUUGUACAUUUCUGAUUCAAUUUCACACCAGGAAAGAAAGUCUUUAUAAUAACUAUGUGUAGUUUUUUGUUGUCAUUUGGUUGUUUUUUUUCAGUAUGUUUUACUUGUCAGUUCUUCGUUGUAUGUUUCAUGCACUGAGACCAAAGGCGGGUACCUCUUGGACAACAGAGGGAUUUAUUUGGUCAAAGGACAUUCUGUCUGUGGCAUACAGUAUACACAGGAGGAGAAGUUUUCUGGCGUUAAAACUUAAGUUUUGAAAAUGCAUACAUCACCACGUCACCAAACCAUCAAUGUGGCACCUUCCCCUAAUCACACAAACAUAGCCUGUAACUGUGAGCUUGCAUAAUUAAAAGUUUUUCCUGUUUUGUUUUUUA